CUUCCACCAAUAGGACAAACACCAGAAGGGAAGGGAGAGAGGAGGGAGAGACCGAGAGAGAGUUUUUCCACGUUUACACAUAUGCCCUCGCUAGGCUUCUAUAUUGCCAAGCCCUCCCCUAUUCUUCCUCCCCUCUCUGGCUCUCUUUCUCUCUCUGCCUUGCCUGCCCUCGCCAUUGUUUUAUCCCUAUAACUAGUAAGCCCGACCCGACCCCCGGCCAGUGGAGCAGGCAGGCGGGCGGCGCGGGGAGAUAGAUAAAAGGUCCUCGAGGGCAGGGCACCUGAGGGCAAUGAGCGCGGGAGGCGGCACCAGCACGCUUGGCGGCGGCGGCGGCGGCGGCGGCGGCGGGGGGCCGAGCGGCAGCGGCAGCGGGGGAAGCGGCGGCGGCGGCGGGCCCUGCGGCGCGUGCAAGUUCCUCCGGCGCAAGUGCGUGAGCGGCUGCAUCUUCGCGCCCUACUUCGACUCGGAGCAGGGCGCGGCGCACUUCGCGGCGGUGCACAAGGUGUUCGGCGCCAGCAACGUCUCCAAGCUGCUGCUCCAGAUCCCGGCGCACAAGCGCCUCGACGCCGUCGUCACCAUCUGCUACGAGGCCCAGGCGCGCCUCCGCGACCCCGUCUACGGCUGCGUCGCCCACAUCUUCGCGCUCCAGCAGCAGGUGGUGAAUCUCCAGGCCGAGCUGACCUACCUGCAAGCCCACCUCGCCACGCUGGAGCUGCCGUCCCCGCCGCCGCUGCCGGCCCCGCCGCAGAUGCCGAUGCCGGGGCCCUUUUCCAUCGCGGACCUGCCGUCGUCGACCAGCGUCCCCACCACCGUCGACCUGUCCGCGCUCUUCGACCCACCGCCGCAUGCGCAGCCGCCGCAGUGGGCGGUCCAGCAGCAGCAGCACCACCACCAGCUUCGGCAACCGACGCCGUAUGGCGCGCCCGUCAGGGGCGGCUCCGGCAUGGCAGAGACCUCGGGCGCCGGCAGCGGUGACCUGCAGGCGCUGGCGAGGGAGCUCGUGGACCGCCACCGGUCCGGCGGCGUGAAGCUCGAGCAUCCGCCGCCGCCGCCGCCACACUCAAGAUGAGCUGGAUGGAGGGAGCAAUCAAAUGUUGCGGAGAACAAGUUGAUGAUGAGUGGCAUGGAGAGAGUUGGCGCGCGGCAAUAACGAGGGAGAUUGGGGUCGGUGACGGGCGAUGGCGAGCAGGGAGUAGGUAAGCAGCAUUGGCCGGUUUUCGCGUAUCCAUCUUGUUGUUAACCAGCUGGGGUGCAAUGGCGUGCCCACUUGCUUGAUAUAUGCUCCGGUUUGGAUUGUCUCCAAGACAAACAAGAGUGCUGGGGAUCGAUCGAGAGUAGUGCUAGAAUUGACAUGUAGUAGGAACAGUAUUACCUUUGUUACCGUUCCAUAUUAAUUGCAAGAUUUUAU